AUGGAAACGAUCUACGACGAGAUAGAAAUCGAGGACUUCACAUUCGAUCCUUUAACCCAGUUAUUCCAGUAUCCAUGUCCAUGUGGAGACAGAUUUGCUGUAUCGAUCGACGACUUGAACGACGGCGAAGACAUCGCGGUGUGUCCCUCAUGUUCGUUGAUGGUGAAGGUGAUUUUUGACCCCGAGGACCUUCAGGAAUACUACGAUGAGAUAUGA